AGUAAGAAAAAGGCGAGGUGGGACACAUGUUGAGAUGGGUACGAAUGAAAGAAGGGCUUAUCCUAUCUCUUAUCUUUGAAACACGAAAGCCACCAACGCUAGAUUUGUCGACACCCAUACAAUAACAGAUUCAGAGUGGUAAGCAGCAGAAUCAUCAGAGAAAAUGGCAGCCCCAUCGCUACAGGCGGUCGCCACUUUGAUGCAACCAACCAAGCUUGGCCGCCAACUCCGCCCUGUCCAAGGCGUCGGCAAGGCCUUCGGCGUCGAGCCCUCCGCCGCCAGACUGACUUGCUCUCUUCACGACUUUGCUCAGAAAUGCACCGAUGCUGCCAAGAUUGCUGGCUUCGCUCUCGCAACCUCCGCCCUUGUCGUCUCGGGAGCAAAUGCGGAAGGAGUGCCGAAGAGGCUAACCUUCGACGAAAUCCAAAGCAAAACCUACCUAGAAGUGAAAGGCAGCGGAACGGCGAACCAGUGCCCGACGAUCGAGGGCGGCGUGGACAAGUUCGCGUUCAAGGCGGGCAAGUACAACGCCAAGAAGCUGUGCCUAGAGCCCACGUCCUUCACCGUGAAGGCGGAGGGCGUGAGCAAGAACAGCCCCGCCGACUUCCAGAAGACGAAGCUCAUGACGCGCCUCACCUACACCCUCGACGAGAUCGAGGGCCCCUUGGAGGUCUCCGCUGACGGCACCCUCAACUUCGUGGAGAAGGACGGCAUCGACUACGCCGCCGUCACCGUCCAGCUCCCCGGCGGCGAGCGCGUCCCCUUCCUCUUCACCAUCAAGAACCUCGUCGCCUCCGGGAAGCCCGACAGCUUCGGCGGGGAGUUCCUCGUGCCGUCCUACAGAGGCUCCUCCUUCCUCGACCCCAAGGGCCGCGGGGGCUCCACCGGCUACGACAACGCCGUCGCGCUGCCCGCCGGCGGCCGUGGUGACGAGGAGGAGCUGCAGAAGGAGAAUAUCAAGAAUGUGGGCUCUCUCACCGGGAAUAUCACGUUGAGUGUCACCAAGAGCAAGCCGGAGACGGGGGAGCUCAUCGGAGUGUUUGAGAGCAUUCAGCCGUCUGAUACGGAUUUGGGAUCCAAGGCUCCCAAAGAUGUCAAGAUCCAGGGCAUCUGGUAUGCGCAGCUUGAUUCCUAGAUCGCUUAAUUAAACGGAACUCUACAUCAUUUCACCUUGUAUAUUAUUACCUACCUAUCAUUUUCCCUUGUAUUUAGUAGCUCAUCUUUCUUUCUUUUU